ACUUUAAUUUCCGAGAUCGCAGCCCUUCUGCCCCGCGCUGAUUAUUUCUCCUCCCCACCCCACCUUGGCAGCUGCUGGCAGCGGGCGCUGGGCUGGGCCCCAGGAGCUCGGGCCGGGCGCGUUCCCGCCGCCCCAGGGACCCCCUCUCCCCCACUCCCCGCGCCGCGCGCCCGGCGAUGGUGCGGCCGAGCCCGGCGCUCGCGUGAGGCGGCGGCGCGGCUCGGAGCGGCGGGCCGGCCCUGCGCGGCCUCUAACCCCGGGGAGCCGAGGGCGCCGGCCGCGGGGCUGCGCGCGGGGGGUGAGCGGCGGCCGCGAUGUUCAGCUGGCUGGGUUCCGAUGACCGCCGGCGGAAGGACCCCGAGGUCUUCCAGACCGUGAGCGAGGGGCUCAAGAAACUCUACAAGACCAAGCUGCUGCCCCUGGAAGAGCAUUACCGCUUCCACGAGUUUCACUCGCCCGCCCUAGAGGAUGCCGAUUUCGACAACAAGCCUAUGGUCCUGCUGGUGGGCCAGUACUCCACUGGGAAGACCACCUUCAUCAGGUACCUCCUGGAACAGGACUUCCCAGGCAUGAGGAUUGGGCCCGAGCCGACCACUGACUCCUUCAUCGCUGUGAUGCACGGACAGGUGGAGGGGAUCAUCCCUGGGAACGCACUGGUGGUGGAUCCUAAGAAGCCUUUCAGGAAGCUGAACGCCUUUGGCAAUGCCUUCUUGAACAGGUUCGUAUGUGCCCAGCUGCCCAACCCCGUGCUGGAGAGCAUCAGCGUCAUCGACACUCCGGGCAUCCUCUCUGGAGAGAAGCAGAGGAUCAGCCGAGGGUACGACUUCGCGGCCGUCCUGGAGUGGUUCGCCGAGCGGGUGGACCGCAUCAUCCUGCUCUUCGAUGCCCACAAGCUGGACAUCUCGGACGAGUUCUCUGAGGUCAUCAAGGCCCUCAAGAACCACGAGGACAAGAUGCGGGUGGUGCUGAACAAGGCGGACCAGAUCGAGACGCAGCAGCUGAUGCGGGUGUACGGGGCCCUCAUGUGGUCCCUGGGCAAGAUCGUGAACACCCCGGAGGUGAUCCGGGUCUACAUCGGCUCCUUCUGGUCCCACCCCCUUCUCAUCCCCGACAACCGGAAGCUCUUCGAGGCCGAGGAGCAGGACCUGUUCAGAGAUAUUCAGAGUCUGCCCCGAAAUGCUGCCCUGCGCAAGCUCAACGACCUCAUCAAGAGAGCCAGGCUGGCCAAGGUUCACGCGUACAUCAUCAGCUCCCUGAAGAAGGAGAUGCCAUCGGUGUUCGGAAAGGAGAAUAAGAAGAAGGAGCUGGUGAACAACCUGGCUGAGAUUUAUGGCCGCAUCGAGCGGGAGCACCAGAUCUCCCCUGGGGACUUUCCCAACCUGAAGAGGAUGCAGGACCAGCUGCAGGCCCAGGACUUUAGCAAAUUCCAGCCCCUGAAAAGCAAGCUGCUGGAGGUGGUGGAUGACAUGCUGGCCCACGACAUCGCCCAGCUCAUGGUGCUGGUGCGGCAGGAGGAGACGCAGCGGCCCGUCCAGAUGGUGAAGGGUGGAGCGUUCGAGGGCACCCUGCAUGGCCCCUUCGGGCAUGGCUACGGGGAGGGCGCCGGGGAGGGCAUCGAUGACGCCGAGUGGGUGGUGGCCAGGGACAAGCCCAUGUACGACGAGAUCUUCUACACCCUGUCUCCGGUGGAUGGCAAGAUCACAGGUGCCAAUGCCAAAAAGGAGAUGGUGCGUUCCAAGCUGCCCAACAGCGUGCUGGGCAAGAUCUGGAAGCUGGCUGACAUUGACAAGGAUGGCAUGCUGGAUGACGAGGAGUUUGCACUGGCCAACCACCUCAUCAAGGUCAAGCUGGAGGGGCAUGAGCUGCCCAACGAGCUGCCCGCCCACCUGCUGCCCCCAUCCAAGAGGAAAGUGGCUGAGUGAUGGACGGAGGAGGUUCAGGGCAGGCAGGGGUUCGAGGAGAUGGGAGAGGAGGAGACGCACAUACAGACACACACACACACACACAC